AUGUAUUUCAACGGCUUUAUUUACUCUCUCUCCGUCACGGCCCUGGCUACAGCUGUAACCUUCCAGCAGGAUAAAAGCAACAGCCCCACUGUUGAUUUUGUACCAAAUGUACUUGUUCAAAGAAAUGUCUUUAAUCUGACUUCACCGCCUAUGGAAUGUAGCAGUGAUUGUGAUGGUGCCUAUAAGAGGGCAUUUACUUGUGGUUUGGGAGAAGAUAUUGUUCUUAACAGGGCCUCUAAUGCAGCCUUUGAUCCACAAUGCCUGUGUAAUAGUGGCGGAUUCCUGCAAGACGCUCCGGGGUGCAUCCAAUGUUUGUUUGAACAUCCAGAUAAAGAUAUUACCCACCGCUCAAUGUUACUGGCGAUGAUUGAGGCGUGUGUGGAUGAAUAUAAUGUUAUCCCUUGUCCUAGAUACUGUGCUCCUAUCCCUUCCCUAAUUACUUACUGCGACGGAAUCGAUGGAGCUCACAAAGCUGGCGCUCCCCCGCCCGACCCUAGAUAUCUCCCUCCGCCUAUAGGCAUAGCCGGGGUAGAUAACGAUACCUUCCCGUGCAUAUGCCGUGAAGGAUAUAAGAAUAUGGUCGAUACAUGCUUCAACUGUGUUAAGAAAUGGGAAAUAAAUAGAGCCCUUAAGUGGCAGGGAACUACAAAGCAAUGUGCACCCCCAAAGUCAAAGACUUCGCAGCGGCCUACAACUUCUCAGGGGCCACGGGCAACAAAAACGCAAAGACCUCCGGCUUCUGGUAUUGCACAAGGAGACAUUUCGGGUGUUUUGAAGGACUCUACUAGGACCAACGCUCCAAGUCAAUUGGCGGUAGAAGCUAGUGGGGGGAAGUAUGCUUCUGUCGUUCCGGGUUUCCUGUUAUUUUCCUGGUUAGUGGGGGUUUUUGUUGCUGCUUUGAUUCUGAUUUAA